AUGAACCUGCUGCUGCUGCUGCUGCUUAUUUCACAGCAGCCGAGUCGUGAGGGAUUGAGCAGCGCUGCUCUCCUCACACCCAACUCUCAAUUUUUCACCCGUACCAGAUUCUCAACCCAGCGAUUACGAGCCUUUUCUGUCAUGCACUGUCAGAGCAAGAUUCCACCGAUGGGUUUGGACUGCCUGGCCCAGGUCACCACGUUUCUGAAAGGAGUGACCAUGCGGAACUCAGGGGCCGAUGUGGUGGGAAGGAGGUUGGCGUCUGAGCUGCUGCUGGGAUUGGCAGCACAACGAGGGUCACUGCGCUACCUGCUGGAGUGGGUUGAGAUGGCCCUGGCUGCAUCGGCCGGUGUCAGCAGCCUGGAGCAGAGCCAGGAGGGGCUGAUGGGAUACGACUGCUUCAUGAACAUUCUGACGCAGAUGAGGCGUUCACUGGGUUCAUCUGCUGAUCGCAGCCAAUGGAGGGAGCCGACCCGCACGCCGGAGGGUCUCUGUUCCCUAUACGAGGCUGCACUUUGUCUGUUUGAGGAGGUGUGUCGCAUGGCUUCAGACUACUCAAGAACGUGCGCGAGUCCAGACAGUAUACAGGCGGGUGAGGCAGCCAUGGUAUCUGAGACCUGUGAGGUCUAUGUAUGGGGCAGCAACAGCAGCCACCAGCUCGUAGAGGGCACUCAAGAGAAAAUUCUCCAGCCCAAACUCGCUCCCAGCUUCAGUGAUGCACAAACGAUUGAAGCUGGCCAGUACUGCACAUUUGUUAUCUCCUCUGAUGGUUCAGUCCGAGCGUGUGGGAAGGGCAGCUAUGGGCGCCUGGGACUGGGUGACUCAAACAACCAGUCCACCCUUAAGAAGCUGACCUUUGAACCUCACCGUGCCAAUAAGAAAGUUUCAUCAUCCAAAGGCUCAGAUGGGCACACAUUAGCCUUCACCAGCGAGGGAGAGGUGUUCAGCUGGGGUGAUGGAGACUAUGGCAAACUGGGUCAUGGCAAUAGCUCUACCCAGAAAUACCCCAAACUGAUACAGGGCCCUCUACAAGGAAAGGUGGUGGUUUGUGUAUCAGCAGGGUAUAGACACAGCGCUGCAGUGAGUGAGGAUGGAGAGCUCUACACCUGGGGAGAGGGUGACUUUGGUAGAUUAGGUCAUGGCGACAGUAAUAGUAGGAACAUUCCCACGCUAGUUAAAGACAUCAGUAAUGUAGGUGAGGUGUCCUGUGGAAGCUCCCACACCAUUGCGCUGUCUAAAGAUGGACGUACAGUCUGGUCCUUUGGAGGUGGAGACAAUGGGAAACUGGGUCAUGGUGAUACCAAUCGUGUGUAUAAACCCAAGGUGGUGGAGGCGCUCCAGGGAAUGUUCAUUCGCAAAGUAUGUGCUGGCAGCCAGUCAUCUCUGGCCCUCACCUCUACUGGUCAGGUUUACUCUUGGGGCUGUGGUGCGUGUCUUGGCUGUGGUUCAUCGGAGGCCACUGCGCUAAGGCCAAAACUGGUCGAGGAACUUGCCACAACCAGAGUGGUAGACAUCUCCAUAGGAGACAGCCACUGCCUUGCUUUAUCACAUGACAAUGAAGUGUAUGCCUGGGGGAAUAACUCAAUGGGUCAGUGCGGUCAAGGGAAUUCCACUGGCCCCAUCACCAAACCCAAGAAGGUGAUUGGUUUAGAUGGAGUGGCCAUUCAGCAGAUUUCUGCUGGCACCUCACACAGCCUGGCUUGGACUGCCCUCCCGAGAGACAGGCAGGUGGUGGCUUGGCAUAGGCCAUACUGUGUGGACCUAGAAGAAAGCACUUUCUCUCACCUGCGCUCAUUCCUGGAACGAUACUGUGACGGUAUCAACAACGAGAUCCCACCUCUGCCUUUCCCAUCUUCCAAGGAGCAUCAUAACUUCUUGAAACUAUGUCUACGGCUCUUGUCCAAUCACCUGGCUCUAGCGCUGGCGGGUGGAGUGGCCACCAGUAUCUUGGGACGGCAAGCGCGGCCACUCCGUAAUCUGCUUUUCAGACUGAUGGAUGCAUCAGUGCCGGAUGAAAUCCAGGAAGCUGUCAUCGAGACUCUGUCCGUGGGAGCGACGAUGCUGCUGCCGCCUCUGAGAGAAAGAAUGGAGCUACUGCACUCGCUACUUCCUCAAGGACCAGACCGCUGGGAGAGCCUCUCCAAAGGACAGAGGAUGCAGCUGGAUAUAAUCCUCACUAGUCUGCAGGAUCACACCCAUGUGGCAUCUCUGCUGGGGUACAGCUGUCCUCCAGACACCUCUGAGACUCCCGCUCUACCCUCCGACUCUACGCAUGUUUCUGGCAUUCAUUCUGAUACACAUCCUGACACACACUUGGCAGAGAUCCUCAUGAAAACUUUACUCAGGAACCUGGGCUUUUAUACGGACCAGGCAUUUGGAGAGCUGGAGAAGAACAGUGAUAAGAUCUUGCAGGGAACAUCUUCAUCUGAUAGCAGCCAACCAGCUCACCUCCAUGAACUGCUCUGCUCUUUACAGAAGCAACUACUAGCCUAUUGCCAUAUCAACUGUGUUACAGAGAGUUCCAGUAGUGUGGCACUCCUCCACAAACACCUGCAGUUAUUAUUGCCUCAUGCUACAGAUAUCUAUAAUCGCUCUGCAACUCUUCUGAGAGAAAGCUCUGGUAAUGGCAGCGUGCGUGAGAAGCUACAAGGUGUGAUCUACAUGUCUGCAGCGGGCAGUAUGCUGUGUCAGAUUGUGACGUCUUUGCUGUUGUUGCCUGUUUGGGUGGCGCGGCCGCUGCUCAGCUACCUCUUAGACCUGCUUCCCCCUCUUGACUGUCUCAACAGACUUUUGCCUGCUGCCACACCUCUGGAGGAACAGGAGCUGCAGUGGCCACUGCAUGAGCGCACCAUGGCCAGACACGAGGUGCGAGAGGUGGAGCAGAGACAGACACGGGACGGCUUGCAGAGACGGACACGGGACGGCUUGCGGAACUCUCCUGCAUUGCCUGAGAUUGAGGAUCUGAUCAUCAUCUAUAACCGUGUGCCCAAGACUGCCAGCACCUCCUUCACCAACAUUGCAUAUGACCUGUGCGGAAAGAACCGUUUCCAUGUUCUCCACAUCAACACCACCAAGAAUAAUCCAGUCAUGUCUCUGCAGGACCAGGUUGUUGAUUUGGCCCUUGGAUCAACUAAAGAGCCCACACACAGCUUGUGGACAAACAUGCAGGAUUAUGCCAUCAGCAAGGAUUGGGACAGUGCAUCAUUGCUGAAUGAAGCUCUGUUAGACACAGUGACCCGCUUUGUACUUGCUGUCCUGCUGAAACACACAGGGCUGCUGGGACAGGCGUGUGGAGAAGGGAGAUAUCAGCCAUGUAAACUCUUGGCAGAGGUGUAUCGCAGUGUGUAUAAGGUGCGGAAUCGCCUCUUGGCUUGCAAAAACAUGGAGCUCAUCCAGAUCCGUUCGUCAUCACGAGAACGCAGAAUCUCUGAUAACGUAGACUCUGUGGAGAUGGACCCACAGGAACACUCUUUCACCCGAACUAUAGACGAGGAGGCUGAGCUGGAGGAGAGAGACAGAGAGAGAGAAAGAGAAGAGGGUCAUCAGGAGCAGGAAGAUGAUGAGGAGGAAAGAGAGCAUGAGGUCAUGACCGCAGGAAGUGAGUUCGACACAUUUGUGAAUAGGGAUGCAGCGAUUAACCGGAGUGAGAGCCUGUUGGCAGAGAGUCGGUCCAUCCAGAGCAGUCCCAACUACAGAUUCACAAAAUCCAGGAGUGAGUCUGAUCUCUCCCAGCCAGAGUCUGAUGAGGAGGGAUACUCACUGAAUGUGAGGAGGAAUGUGGAUCUGGAUUUAGCUUUCACUCCUAAAAAAAGAGAAUUCUUAUCAGGAUGUUUUGGCCUUGGUGCUGUUUGCAAUAGGGGACCAAAGGGCGAGAGUGUCCAAUUACACCAUUACCAGGAUGGAGUCAGAGCGGCCAAGAAAAGUUUACAGAUGGACAUUCAGACUGCUGUUCAUAAGAUUUAUCAGCAGCUGUCAGUCACAUUAGAGAAAGCCCUGCAAGCUAACAAGCACCACAUAGAGGCCCAGCAAAGGCUGCUGUUGGUAACGGUCUUCGCUCUAAGUGUGCGAUACCAGCCUGUUGAUGUAUCGUUAGCCAUCUCCAGCGGUCUCUUGGACGUUCUUUCUCAGCUUUGUGGAACGGAAACCCUGCUUGGACAGACACUGCAACUCCUGCACAAGCCUGCAGGAUCUCAGCUCAGCACUGCCCUCAAAGUGGCCAGCACCAGAUUGCUGCAGAUACUAGCCAUCAGCACCGGGACAUAUGCAGACAGGUUGAGUCCUAAGGUGGUCCAGGCUCUGCUGGAUCUUCUUUGCAGUCAGCUGAAGACUCUGCUGGCUCAGGCUGCUGGAAGCACACUCAGUGCAAGUACAGAACUGCAGGAGAAGACUGACGACUGUGCAGAUGCUCCGAAAAAAGAUUUUCGAGCAUUGUUACGUAAGAGACACACAGCAGAGCUGCACCUCGGAGACUUCUUGGUGUUUCUGCGGCGAGUCGUCUCUUCCAAAGCCAUCCAGUCCAAGAUGGCCUCUCCUAAAUGGACUGAAGUCCUUCUCAACAUUGCUGCUCAGAAACGCUGUUCAGGCAUUCCUUUGGUUGGUAAUUUGAGAACACGGCUGUUAGCCCUGCAUGUUUUGGAAGCUGUGCUUCCUGCCUGUGAGAGCAGCGUGGAGGACCAUCAGAUGACCCAGGUGGUGGAGAGGUUGUUCGCGCUGCUCUCGGACUGUAUGUGGGAGGCACCUGUUGCUCAAGCCAAACACACCGUCCAGAUGAAGGAGAGAGAGCAGGAACUCAAACUACAGGGUGAAUCAGAGGAGGAAGAAGAAAAUUUGCCUAUCCAGGAAGUAACCUUUGACCCUGAGAAGGCACAGUGCUGUGUGGUGGAAAGCGGACAGGGAUUGACGCAUGGCAGUGGAGGCAAAGGUUACGGCCUGGCCUCCACUGGCAUUUCCUCUGGCUGUUACCAGUGGAAGUUCUAUAUCGUGAAGGAGAAUCGUGGAAAUGAGGGAACGUGUGUGGGUGUGUCACGCUGGCCUGUGCAUGAUUUCAACCACCGCACAACAGCCGACAUGUGGCUCUACCGCGCUUACAGCGGCAACCUCUACCAUAACGGAGAGCAGACCCUCACGCUGUCCAGCUACACACAGGGAGACUACAUCACCUGUGUGCUGGACAUGGAGGCCAGGACUGUGUCCUUUGGCAAGAACGGAGAGGAACCCAAACUGGCAUUUGAAGAUGUCGAUGCUACAGAGCUCUACCCUUGUGUCAUGUUCUACAGCAGCAACCCUGGGGAGAAGGUAAAAAUCUGUGACAUGCAGAUGAGGGGCACACCACGUGACCUGUUGCCUGGUGACCCAAUGUGCAGCCCUGUGGCCACUGUCCUGGCAGAAGCCACCACCCAGCUGGUCCGGAUCUUACACCGCUCGGAGCGCUGGACUCAAACUAUCAACAGCAGCAUCCUCCAGCGCCUCCAGCAGAUCAGAGGCUGCCUGCGAGAAGGAGCUCCUCCAGCAGGGGCCACCAGACUGCGCAAGAGCCGCUCGGCUCAGAGCAGAGAGGAGCAGGACGAGAAGGAGGAAGAGCGAGAGGUGGAGAGAGGAAGAAGCGGACGGCACACUGCGGCAGAGCUGUCGGAGACGCACCUGCGGACGCUGUGCCACCAGGUGUGGCCGGUGUUAGCUGUGAUAGGGGGAAUAGAUGGUGGGUUAAGGAUGGGGGGACGGUGUGUGCACAAGCAGACGGGGAGACAUGCCACUCUGCUGGGUGUGGUGAAGGAGGGGAGCACAUCAGCUAAGGUGCAGUGGGAUGAGGCGGAGAUUACCAUCAGCUUCCCCACUUUUUGGUCGCCCAGUGACACGCCGUUGUACAACUUGGAGCCAAUUGAGCCUCUACCCUUCGAUGUUUCACGUUUCCGCGGACUCACUGCUGCUCUGCUGCUGGACCUCACCGCCCUCGCCAGCCUACAGGAUGAUGGCUCGAAGUCCACCUCUGGUCGGCGGCACGAGCGGAGACACCGCCACGAACCCCAGGAAGAACCGGAGAACAAGUCACACACCAAACCAAAAGAGGGGGCAGGUGACCUGCGUGUAUCUCACAGCUUGGACGAGGUUCGAGCUUGUGCGCCACCCAACUCCCGCUCCGAGAGCGAGCUGGCUGCCUACACGCAGGAUGCCACGCAGCAGACUCCAGCGGAGGGACGGCGCAGGCUACAGGAGAUGGUGGGGACACGCUCACAGGAGGCAGCUGCGCAGGUGGAGGUGCAUGCGGUGCAGUUGUCGUACCUGUAUCUGGGAGCGAUGAAGACCCUAAGUGUCCUUCUGAGCUGUAGUAAAUACGCCGAACUGCUGCUGAUCCCCAAAGUCACACCUGACAGUGGCCAUAACGCGGAUUGUGCCAGCCCUGGCGUGAGCGUGUGUCAGGAGGAGGCGGAGCUGCGAUCGGCUCUGCAGUUUUUGAUGCGACACAUGGUGAAACGGGCAGUGAUGAGGUCACCCAUCAAAAGGGCACUUGGGCUGGCAGACCUAGAGCGGGCGCAAGUCAUGAUCUACAAACUGGUGGUCAAUAGCCUACUUGAAGAACAGGAAGGCCACAGUUCCAAGACAGUGGACACAGAGUGUGAGGAGUUAGAGGGAGACCAACUAUUUCAAACUCCGGUCACCACCUCCCCAUCAGCCUCCAGUAGCACCUCCUUUAUGAGCUCCUCACUGGAGGACACCACCACAGCGACCACACCCGUUACCACAGCCACCACACCUGUCACAGACGCCGAGACGGCACCGGCUUCUGAAUCACCUGGAGUGAUGCCACUCAGCCUGCUCAGGCAGAUGUUCUCCAGCUACCCGACAACCACACUUCUGCCAGCACGUAGAGCUCAGACCCCUCCCGUGUCAUCACUGCCCACCUCGCCAUCAGACGAGCACGGCCGGAGACAGAGCCUCACGUCACCUGAGUCCCAGCCUGCUAGGACCACCAGCAGGACAGCAUUAUCAGACCCCAGCAGUCGUCUUUCCACAUCUCCACCUCCUCCUGCCAUCGCAGUUCCGCUGUUGGAAAUGGGUUUCUCACUCAGGCAGAUCAUGAAAGCUUUGGAAGCAACAGGUGCACGUGGUGAGGCAGAUGCUCAGAACAUCACUGUGCUUGCGAUGUGGAUGAUAGAACACCCAGGCACGGCAGACUCUGAUGAGGCUUCAGACCCCUUCUCCGGUGCGGCAGGAGGGGGUAAGAGCACAGAGAGGAGCUACCUGCGCUCACCGGGUGACAUUCCUAACGCUGAUGCUGCAGAGAUGGAGGAGGGAUUCAGUGAGAGUCCUGAAGGUCUUGAUCAAGAUUUGGGCUCUUCCUCUGCUGGCCCUACUCCCAGAGGACGCUCUGCAGCCAGCAGGAAACACCGCUUUGACCUGGCUGCACGCACUUUACUAGCUCGUGCAGCUGGACUGUACCGCUCAGUGCAGGCACAUCGAACUCAAGCGCGUCGAGAAGGUUCUGGACUGCAGCAGGAGCCUGGGCCUCUUGGGGCGCUGUACGACUUCAAUCUGGAUGAAGAGUUGGAGCUCGAAUUGGAUCAGGAAGCCAUGGAGGCCAUGUUCACCCAGGAGCUUGCAUCAGAUUCCGACAUUCUGGGAAUGUGGAUCCCGGAGGUACUGGACUGGCCAACGUGGCAUGUGUGUGAGUCAGAGGACCGAGAUGAGGUGGUUGUGUGUGAGCUGUGUGGGGUCAGCGUGUCCAGUUUCAACCAACACAUGAAGAAGAGUCACCCGGGAUGUGGUCGCAGUGCCAAUCGCCAGGGUUACCGCAGCAAUGGCUCUUAUGUUGACGGCUGGUUCGGAGGGGAGUGUGGAAGUGGAAAUCCCUAUUAUCUGCUCUGUGGCAGCUGCAGAGAGAAAUACCUUAACAUGAAGAGCAAGAUCAAAGGGCCACUGCCUGAGAGGUAUAAAGGUCAAGCACCAGACCUGCUGGGAAAGCAAGACUGUGUGUAUGAAGAAGACUGGGACAUGUUGGAUGUAGAUGAUGCAGAGCGUCUGACCGGUGAAGAGGAGUUUGAGUUGCUCUCUGCUCCACUGGGUCUUAGUGAACGCAGACCUGUCCCCGAGGCUGUCCAUUUUCCAGACACUGAUCCUCUCGGCGCUUCUGUUGCCAUGAUCACUGCAACCAACAGCAUGGAGGAGACUCUCUUGCAAAUAGGUUGCCAGAGCUCAGUGGAUAAGAGCUCAUCAGGUCGCUUGUCUUUGGGGGAGCAGGCGGCAGGUCUGCAGACGUCUGCUGAUCGCCUGGUGGCUCUGAAAAGAGUCACUGCAGCUGCACAAGUCCUGUUAGCCAGAACAAUGGUCAUGAGAGCGCUGUCCCUGCUAUCAGUUAGUGGCUCUAGUUGCAGUCUAGCAGCAGGAUUGGAGUCUCUGGGCUUGACGGACAUUAGGACUCUGGUGCGUCUGAUGUGUUUGGCUGCGGCAGGUAGAGCUGGACUUUCCACAGGCCUUACAUUAGGCCCUGGAUACUCUGAGCGCCCACGAGGGGCUAGCAAGCCCACCAAACCCAUCUCUUGUUUGGCGUACCUCAGUACCGCCGUUGGCUGUCUGGCAUCGAACAGCCCCACCGCUGCCAAACUCCUGGUCCAGCUGUGCACUCAGAAUCUGAUAUCAGCUGCCACCGGGAUGAAUCUGACGACAGUAGAUGAUCCAAUUCAGAGAAAGUUCUUGCCCAGUUUCCUGAGGGGAGUGGCGGAAGAAAACAAGCUGGUGACGUCGCCCAAUUUUGUGGUGACCCAGGCGCUGGUAGCUUUGCUUGCCGAUAAAGGUGCCAGGCUUCGACACGGCUACGACAAGGCUGAACUGGAAAAAAGAGGCCCAUUGGAGCUGGCAAAUGCAUUGGCAGCAUGCUGCCUCUCAUCUCGGCUUUCGUCGCAGCACCGCCAAUGGGCCGCGCAGCAGCUGGUGCGCACACUGGCGGCUUACGACCGAGAUAACCAGAGCCGCCCGCAGACCUUUGCUGACGUGGCAGGAGACCUGCGGAAGUGGUCCACUUUCAGACUCGAGGCCCACCAGAGCAGGGUGAUCACAUGUGGGUGGUGUAGUAAAAAAGGCCUUCUGGCAACUAGCGGGAAUGAUGGGACAGUCCGUAUUUGGAACGUGACCAAAAACCUGUACACUCUGCAGCAGACAUGUGUCUUUAAUAAAGGAGAGGAUACUUCAGAGGAGUUUAUGGGUAAUCUGGGGUCUCCAGGGGAUCCAAACUUGGCUCCAGUGGCUUGGAGUGUCAGUGGGAAGUACUUGGCUGCUGCCAUGGAAAAAAUAGUAAACAUUUGGCAAGUCAAUGGUGGGAAGGCCUCGUUGAACCUGCAGCCUCAUUGGGUGUCAUCGUUAGCUUGGCCAGAAGAGGAGGCAGGGUCUCUGUGGGGCGGGGAGCCUCGAGAGCUCCUGUUAGUGGGUCGCAUGGAUGGGACACUGGGACUUCUCGAGGUUCUUGAUGAUUCUGAUAUGCAGAGAACUGAACUCCAGCACUGCUUCAGGAAAGAUGUGGCCGUGAUGCAAAUUGCAUGGUACAGUGAGGAUCGUCCCUUUGCAGUUGGAUAUGCUGAUGGAAGGCUUCUGAUUGGCUCUAAAGAGCCUGCAGAGAAUGGAUCUGUGGUGGUUAUAGAUGCCCACAAGGAAAGCAUCAGUUCGUUGCGCUGGGCUCCUGGUGGGCAAGUGUUACUAAGCUGUGCUAAAGAGGAGAUUGUGCGUUUAUGGACAGUGUCAGGGACAGGUUUGGGUCAAAGCUGGACAUGUCUGCAAAGUAUCACCCAUCCUGCUGUUGUCAAUGCUGUUGCCUGGUGCAGCCUGCCUGGUCAGGGACCUAAACCUCUCAACAUGUUUGCCACAUGUUGUCAGAAUGGUCUGGUGACUGUGUGGACGGUACCGCAGGACCCUUCUUCAUACUCACAGUCCAGCACUGCCUGCCCUGAUGCCUGGUGGGAAUCAGAAUUCAAAUCCAAACUGAUGCUGGACCCCCAGCGGUGUGAAGGAGCAGUGUGUGUGUUCCAGCUGCAGGGUCAUAUGACUCCUGUGCGGACAGUAGCGUUCAGUCCAGAUGGGCUUGCUCUUGUGUCUGGAGGAGUUGGCGGACUUUUGAACAUCUGGUCUUUGCAGGAUGGAUCAGUGCUGCAGACAGUAGUUGCUGGAUCUGGAGCAAUUAACAGCACAGUUUGGAUCCCUGACGUAGGUGUAGCUGUUUGCUCCAAUCGCUCAAAGGAUGUGCUGGUCGUUAAUAGCUCAGCAGAGUCCAUGUCAACCAAUCACGUCUUAGCAACUUGCCGCAUGGCACUAAAAAAGCAGGGCGUUGUGGGACUGAACAUGGCUCCAUGCAUGAGAGCCUUCCUGGAGAGACUUCCCAUCAUGCUUCAGGAGCAGUAUGCGUAUGAGAAGCCUCAUGUGGUGUGCGGAGAGCAGCUCGUCCACAGUCCUUACAUGCAGUGUCUGUCGUCUCUAGCGGUGGGUCUGCAGCUGGACGCUCUGCUGUGUCACCCUCCUGUCCCACCUCACCUGGCCCACUGCCCACCUGAGCCUGGCUCCUCCUCCACCCCCUCCCCCGUCUCCUGGGCCAACAGUGAGUGGGCGUGGCUUCACUGCUUUUCCACCACCGUCAAAACGGCCGAAGCCCUCGCACGCGGGCACACCUUUCCCGAGUCUUUCAUCGUCCCAGACCUGGAGCCCGUGGCCAAAGACAAACUGGCACUGCUUAUGGACAACAGCAAGUGGGUGUCUGGGUUGGAUGAGCAGAUCAUGUCAUGGGCCACUUCCAGACCAGAAGACUGGCACCUUGGAGGGAAGUGUGAUGUGUUUUUAUGGGGUGCUGGCAGGCAUGGACAGCUCGCCGAGGCCGGGCGAAACAUUCUGGUGCCAACUCUGGCUCCCUCUUUUUCUCAGGCCCAACAGGUUGUUUGUGGGCAGAACUGCACAUUUGUGAUCCAGGCUAACGGAACAGUGUCUGCAUGUGGCGAGGGCAGUUAUGGCCGCCUCGGACAAGGAAAUUCAGACGAUCUGCACGUCCUCACUGUCAUAUCUGCUCUGCAAGGCUUUGUGGUGACCCAGCUAGUAACGUCCUGUGGGUCUGAUGGCCAUUCGAUGGCUCUAACUGAGAGUGGCGAGGUGUUCAGCUGGGGAGAUGGAGAUUACGGAAAACUGGGCCAUGGUAACAGUGACAGACAGCGAAGGCCGCGACAGAUAGAGGCACUGCAGGGAGAGGAGGUGGUGCAGAUGUCGUGUGGAUUUAAACACUCAGCGGUGGUGACUGCAGACGGAAAGCUCUUCUCCUUUGGUAAUGGAGAUUAUGGCAGACUGGGACUUGGAAACACCUCUAACAAAAAGUUACCAGAGAGAGUCAGUGCACUGGAGGGCCACCAGGUUGGGCAGGUUGCAUGUGGGCUGAAUCACACUUUGGCAGUAUCGGCUGAUGGAAUGACCGUCUGGGCAUUUGGAGAUGGAGACUAUGGCAAACUGGGACUGGGAAACUCUACAGCCAAAUCCUCUCCACAGAAAGUGGAUGUUUUGUGUGGAAUUGGAAUAAAGAAGGUGGCAUGUGGCACACAGUUCUCUGUUGCUCUAACCAAAGAUGGAAACGUGUACACAUUUGGGCAGGAUCGCUUGAUUGGUCUGCCAGAGGGUCGAGCACGAAAUCAUAACCGGCCUCAGCAAGUCCCUGCUUUAAUGGCCGUGUUUAUAGAAGAUGUGGCUGUUGGGGCCGAACACACGCUUGUUCUCUCAUCAACUGGAGAUGUUUAUGCCUGGGGGAGCAACUCAGAGGGACAGCUGGGCUUGGGCCACACCAACCAUGUUAGAGAGCCGACCCUCAUCAGUGCUUUACAAGGCAAAAACAUCCAGCAGGUAUCUGCAGGCCGCUGCCACAGUGCAGCAUGGACUGCACCGCCUGUACCGCCACGUGCUCCAGGUUCAUCAGUGCCUCUGCAGCUGGGCUUGCCCCUGUGUGUGCCUCCUCAGUACAGUGUCCUAAGAGAGGUCAGUAUAGAGGCUCUGAGAGCCCGACUGCGCCUGCUCUACCACUUCUCUGACCUCAUGUACUCCUCAUGGAGACUGCUGAACCUCAGCCCCAACAACCAGAGCUGCACGUCACGCUAUAAUGCAGGUACAUGGGGUAUAGUCCAGGGUCAGCUGAGGCCCCUGCUGGCCCCUAGAGUUUACACACUGCCCAUGGUGCGCUCUAUCGGGAAGACCAUGGUGCAGGGGAAGAAUUACGGCCCACAGAUUACAGUCAAAAGAAUCUCUACACGAGGAAGGAAGUGUAAGCCCAUAUUUGUGCAGAUCGCCAGGCAGGUUGUGAAACUAAACGCAUCUGAUCUAAGGCUGCCGUCACGAGCCUGGAAAGUCAAGCUUGUGGGAGAGGGGGCAGAUGAUGCCGGAGGGGUGUUUGACGACACAAUCACAGAGAUGUGCCAGGAGCUGGAGACAGGAGUGGUGGAUCUUCUCAUCCCUUCUCCCAACGCCGCAGCAGAGGUGGGCUACAACCGAGACAGGUUCUUGCUGAACCCCUCAGCCUGUCUGGAAGAGCACCUGCUGCAGUUCAAGUUCUUGGGUAUUCUGAUGGGAGUGGCCAUCCGCACUAAGAAGCCUCUAGACCUGCAUCUCGCUCCAGUGGUGUGGAAGCAGCUGUGCUGUAUUCCUCUCACUCUUGAAGAUCUGGAGGAAGUGGACCUGCUGUAUGUGCAGACCCUCAACAGCAUCUUACACCUGGAGGACAGCGGCAUCACAGAGCAGAACUUUCAUGAGAUGAUUCCACUGGACUCCUUUGUUGGCCAAAGUGCAGAUGGGAAAAUGGUUCCCAUCAUCCCCGGAGGAAACAGCAUACCGCUGACCUUUUCCAAUAGGAAGGAGUAUGUAGAGCGUGCCAUUGAGUAUCGCCUGCAUGAAAUGGAACGCCAGGUGGCAGCGGUGCGCGAGGGCAUGUCCUGGAUCGUGCCUGUUCCCUUGCUCUCCUUACUAACAGCGCGGCAGCUGGAGCAGAUGGUCUGCGGGCUGCCGGAGAUCAGCGUGGAGGUUCUGAAGAAGGUGGUCCGCUACAGGGAGGUGGACGAGCAGCAACAGCUGGUGCAGUGGUUCUGGCAGACGCUGGAGGAGUUCUCCAAUGAGGAGAGAGUCCUCUUCAUGCGCUUCGUCUCGGGACGCUCUCGUCUGCCAGCUAACACUGCUGAUAUAUCCCAGAGGUUCCAGAUCAUGAAGGUGGACCGGCCGUACGACAGUCUUCCCACCUCUCAGACGUGCUUCUUCCAGCUCCGCCUCCCACCUUACUCUAGCCAACCAGUCAUGGCGGAGCGGCUGCGUUAUGCUAUUAAUAACUGCCGUUCUAUCGACAUGGACAACUACAUGCUCUCUCGCAAUGUGGACAAUGCAGAGGGGUCGGACACAGAUUACUGACCCCCUACAUGCACAUGUAAACACAGUGUAUGCUGUGUAGGACUCAGUUUAGUAUUCGGUGCAGGCUUUUAUGAUUUUUAUGCUGACAGAUGUUUUCAACACAUAAUCAAGUGUUUUUAUUUCACCUUUCGUUUCUUCGCAAUUAAGCUGAACUUGGGUGGGCCGCACAAUCUGUUUACACACAUGUACACACUCGCCUUCUCUUUACUUUGAAGCACAGUUUUUCUCCACUAUUCAUUCUUCUUUUGGCGCUGCCUUUUUUUCAGGAUAUUCUGCAUGAAACUGUUUUAUUUAAAAAAAAAAAAAAAAUUAUAGAAUGACAAAAAAAGAAAAAAUUGUACAUUAUGUAUAAUGCUUCAUUAGGAAAUUGUUUUACAUGAGUACCUGUAUUUAUUUGAAUUUUUUGAAUCGCCUACACCAGGUUUCUUAUGUCAGAUGCAAUAAAUGUUUGAAUCUGAAA